AUGCAGCAUGGGUCUACGACGGUCGAGAUACCCACGGAUGACGGGUCCGCCGGGCUCUCACUGUGGGAACGGUUCAAGGGUCAAUUUAAUAUGAGGCCUGCUGAAGAUGAUGAGCCGCAGUCGUGGUGGAUUGCAUCUACGGCUAUCCCGCUCGUAGCGGCUGCCACGGGGCCACUGGCUAAUGUCAUGUCGAUUGUUGCUUUGGUCCAGCCCUGGCGCAAUGAUAUUAUUUCCAAGACGGAUGGCCCUGCGGGAAACUGGCAGGAGGAAGGGUAUCCGGAUCCUCGUUGGACCACUGCUUUGAAUGCUGUUUCGCUUGUCUGUGGUAUUGUGGGAAAUGUAUUUUUGCUUUUCAACUUUACCCAUGUCAUUCGAUACAUUAUUGCUCUACCAGUUACAAUUAUUCUAUGGUUUAUAGCCACAGGAAUUCUAUGUGGGAUAACAGCAGCCAUGGGUGUUUAUGCCCCCCCAGUUCCCCCGGAGCAUGUGUACUCACAAGCAUUUUGGAGUGCCGUGAUUGCAGCCUCUCUCUACUUCCUCUUAAGUGGAACCCUGAUGAUCAACAUGCUAGGCUACUUCCUUGGAAGAUACCCACAGCACUUCGCCCUGACCGACGAGCAACGAACAUUGAUUCUUCAAAUGACAGCGUUCGUCAUGUGGCUAUUAAUUGGAGCGGCCAUCUUCCAGCGUGUACUGGGCAUUUCGUUCGCCGAUGCAUUAUACUUCUGCGAUGUCACCGUUCUGACCUUGGGGUUCGGCGACAUCACAGCGGUCACCCCUGUUGCUAGAGGUCUUGUCUGGCCAUAUGCAGUAAUUGGAAUCAUCAUGUUGGGUUUGGUUGUUGGAAGCAUCCAUAAAUUUGCUCGUGAAGUCCACUAUGACAACGUGAUCCGGAAGCAUAUCGAGCAGAAACGGAAAUCAACAUUCAAUCGCUCGGUCAGCUUUGAUGAAUUCGCAGCUUCUGAAGGGAAACUUCCCAUUCGCGACAAAGAAAUUACACCUCCAGGUUCUACUCGACAAAAGAACAAAGACUUCCACCAUCACCACCACCAUCGACCAAUUCAACACACGAUUGCUGCCAUGACCACUGCCCGUCGACCCAGACUACUUAUCAUGCGCGAAGAAAAGGAUCGAUUUGACGCCAUGCGCCGCAUUCAGUACGAUACAAUUCGAUUCCGUCGUUGGAACGACCUGAUAAUCAGCAUAGUGGCAUUCGGGAUUGUAUGGACAUGCGGAGCAAUAGUAUUCUGGCAACUCGAACAAAUGUCAUACUACGAAUCCCUCUAUUUCUGCUUCUGUUCCCUGCUAACAAUCGGCUACGGCGAUAUCACACCCCAGUCAAAUGCAGGAAGACCCUUCUUCGUGCUGUGGUCAUUGGUCGCCAUUCCGACAAUGACAAUGCUCAUCUCCCAAAUGAGCGACACCGUCGUUGCAAGCUUCAAGCGUGGAACUGACAAAGUGGCCGACUAUCUUGUCCUCCCUCAAUCAGGCAUCUACAAUUCCUCUCUGAGCAAGAUACCCGGCGUGACCAAGUUCCUCGCGCGUCGACAGGAAAAAAGGCGACUGAAACGCGGAUUCGCGCUUGAAGGUGGCGGGGAUGGCGACGCCGGAGACAGACGCACUUCAGAUGAUGUCGAGAGACCUACCCAUCUCGACAAGGUUGCCGGUGAACAUCCACACCGAACCCUCGAGGAACUAGUCCGUGACCCAUCCCCCCUUGAACUAGCACAGCAACUCGCUUUUGCCGUGCGACGUGCGACACAGCAUGCACGUGAGGGCACAAGGAAACGAUAUUGCUAUGAGGAAUGGGUUGAAUUCACGCGGUUGAUUCAAUUUACUGAUCCGCGGAGACCGUCCUCUUCGGGUCAGUCGCCUGGUGCGCAGGAUUCUGUCAACAUGGACGAAGACGAGUACGGGCUUCUCAAUUGGGAUUGGAUUGGCGAAAAUAGUCCCAUGUUGGCUACACAGACGGAGCCGGAGUGGGUUCUUGAUCGAUUGUGUGAGAGCUUAAUUCGGUACGUUUCGACUCAGGAGAGUCGUGCUGCUGCUGAUGGUAAUGGCGGUGCUGCUGAUUUGGAGGAGGUGACUCUCAAGAAGGAGAGGGAUAUUGGAUUGGAUGAUGAAUGA